UGAUAACCUGGCUAGAAAGUGCAGCUGUGUGCUGUCGCCCAGCGUUUCUCUGGAGGGAGGCUGGGAAGGCUUUGGCGGCUUGGGAGACCAUUAAACAUAACAUAACUGGUGUGUGGCAAAUCACAGAGUUGGAAUCAGACUGAGGCGCAAGUGAGCUUUUAAAUUUUGCCAAAAUGGCAGACACUGGAGAUGACUAUGAGGAAUUCGAGGAGGAGGAAGAGGAGGAUUUUGUGGAGCAGAUUACAACCACAACGUUCUCUGAGCAUCAUACUCAGUCCUCUCAGUCUGGCUUGCCCACCAGGAAAGUCAGAAAGAAGGUGAAAGUGGAUACUUCCAAGUUCAUGACUCCAUAUCUGGCCCACAGUCAGAAGAUGCUGGAGCUUUUCAGCAAUAAUAAAUACCGCCAAGCUUAUGACUUGUCCAGAGGGACGCCUCCCGCUCUGUCCACUGACACCCCUGAACUGAUCCGUAUUAGGAAGGCCCAGGAGCAGCUGAGUGAGGUGAAAUACAGAAUGGAGGGAAACAAGGCUCGGACAACCAGCUUGUACGGUGGUGAUGCUAGGGAGGUUGUCCACGUCAAGCAUGUGUCAGAGCUGGUCAGCAAGGUUCUGUACAGACAGAAGUGGGAUGAGACUAAGGACAGGUACCUGCUGCCUCCCGAUGCUCCUGAGCUGGUUCUGGCUGUGAAGAAUGCUGCUAACUAUAGCAAGAAACUUUACACAGAAGCCUGGGACGAGGAGAAGACCCUGUACUACCCCUACAGUGACAGCCCUGAGUUGCGAAGGGUAGCUAAGGCUCAGGAAGUCCUCAGUGAUGUUAAAUAUAAGAAGGGACACGAUGAGCGCAAAGCCAAGUACACGUCCUUGGCGGAUCCUCCUGAGAUGGAGCUGGCCAGGAGAGUUGCCGAUCAGCGCAGCGAUCUUAAAUACAAGGAAGACUACAAUAAAAACGUUAGGGGUCAGUGGUGUGAGACGCCUUAUUUUGACAUCGCCAUUGCCAGGAUGGCAAUGGAUAAUCUUAGUGACAGAAAAUACACUCAAGAUUAUGAGAAUAAAAAAGACCAAAUAUACUUCAUGCAAACCGACACACCUGUGUAUGACUCAUGCAAGAAGGCCCGUAUUGCUGCUAGUGAGGUCCAAUACAAGAAGGAAUAUGAAAAGUCAAAAGACCAGUGUGAUUACAAUACGCUACCUGCCACAGAGAAUCCACUCCUCAGACAGCUCAGAUACGCUGGCACCAUCCUUAGUGACAAAGUAUAUAAGGCCAGCUAUGAGAAAUCCAGAGGUUUCAGCAUCAACUACUGCGACACACCAAAGUUCCAGAUGGACUCUGUGCUCAAAAAGUUCUCUGACGCACAUUACAAGGAGAAGUAUGAAAAUGAGGUAAAGGGUCACUACAUUGGCAGCUAUGAAGACCUCUAUAUGCUUCACUGCCAGAAAGUUGAGGAAAUGAAGAGUGAGCAUACAUAUAAAGCGGAUUAUGAAGACAUAAAGACGAGAUGCUUCUUUCCUCAAACUAUUACACCUGAAUACGAGGCUGUGAAGAAGCUUCAGCAGUGCAGUGAUAAAGUUUACCGUCAACAUCCAGACACAGUGAAGUUUACACAAGUCGUGGAUUCGCCAGUCCUCGUCCAAGCAGCCAUCAACGCCAAGCAGCUAAGUGACCUAAACUACAAGGCAAAGUUUGAAGAGACAAAGUUUAAGUGUAAUCUGCCCCCAGAUUAUCCCUUCUUCAUCCAGUCCAGAGUCAAUGCCUUUAACCUGAGUGACAGUUGUUAUAAAUAUGACUGGGAGAAAACUAAAGCAAAGAAGUUUGAAAUUAAGGGUGACGCCAUCCCAAUCCUUGCUGCCCGUGCUCACACAAACAUUGCCAGUGAUGUUAAGUACAAAAAGGAGUAUGAAAAGAACAGGGGACAGAUGAUCGGAGCCCUUUCUAUUAAUGACGACCCCAAGAUCUUGCACUCGGUUCAUGUGGCCAAAAUCCAGAGUGAUCGUGAAUAUAAGAAGGACUAUGAAAAAAUCAAGACCAAGUACCAUACGCCACUAGAUAUGAUGUCUGUCACUUUGGCCAAAAAGUCCCAAGCAAUUUCCAGCAUGGCUGGCUACAGGAAGAUCAGCCCCAACUACUUUAUGCCUUAUGACAGUGUGCUGCUGGACCUGGCCAAGAGAGCCAACAGCAUCCAGAGUGAUAACGAGUAUAAGGCUGAAUACAACAACUAUGUUAAAGGCUCCCCAUGGGUGCCAUAUGGCUCCAUGGAUGUAGAAAAGGCAAAGAAAGCAGCUGAGAUUCUCGACGAGAGAAAAUACCGGCAGCACCCGGACACCAUCCCGUUCACAGCUAUAGAUGACCAUCCUAUAAUGCUGCAGGCUAAAGUCAAUCAGCUUCAGAGGAGUGAUCUUUUCUACAAGAGAGGUCUCGAGGAGGUCCAUCAAAAGUACUCUCUGCCUCCUGAUGCUCCAGAGUUCCUCCAAGCCAAGUGCAAUGCCUACAACAUCAGCAAGAACUUCUACAAGUACGCUUGGGAGGAGACAAUCGCUAAAGGUUACGACAUGAGGCUGGAUGCUAUCCCGAUUGUUGCUGCCAAAGCAGCCAGACAUGCUGCCAGCAACGUCCAGUACAAAAAGGCGUAUGAGAAGGAAAGAGGCCACCAUGUUGGCUUCCGCAGCCUGCAGGACGAUCCUCUACUGGUUCACUACAUGAAUGUGGCAAAAAUACAGAGCGACAAACUUUACAAGAAGGACUACCACAAAGCAAAGCUGAAGUACCACACCCCAGUGGACAUGAUGAGCAUGGCUCAUGCUAAACAUGCCACAAAAGUGCAGACAUUUGCUGGCUACAAGCAGCACCAUCACAAUUAUUUUCUCCUGCCUGAUGCAAUGAAUCUUCAGCUUGCUCGCACCAUGAACUAUAAUGCCAGCGACAACAAUUAUAAAAUGGAUUAUGAGACCUCCGUAAAAGGAACAGGCUGGAUUCCGAUCGGUUCCCUGGAUGUGGAAAAAGCCAAGGCGGCAGCAGCUGCUCUGGAUGAGAGAAAAUACAGGCAGCAUCCUUCUACUCUCAAAUACACCAGCGACAUGGACUCCAUGAACAUGGAGCUGGCUAAAACCAAUGCAAAGAUAAUGAACAUGAAGGAAUAUAAAGCAAGUGGAGAGAAGUUCAUGCACACUUAUCACCUCCCAUCUGAUACCCCUGAACUGAUGCAAGCCAGGUACAACGCUGUCAACAUUAGCCAGAACCAUUACACCUAUGCACAUCGCCAAGACAUCCUUAAGGGACAUCACAUGAAGCAAGACGCCAUUCCAAUAGUAGCUGCCAAAUCAUCAAGAGACAUUGCCAGUAAUUAUAAAUAUAAGCUGGCUUACGAGAAGGCCAGAGGCCAUCAUGUUGGUUUCCGCAGCCUUCAUGACGACCCUCUGCUGGUGCAUUACAUGCAAGUGGCCAAGAUGCAGAGUGAAAAGAACUACAAGAAGGACUACCACAAGUCCAAGCUGAAGUACCACACCCCAGUGGACAUGCUGAGCGUGAUUCAUGCAAAGCAGGCCUCUACCGUUCAGACCAUGGCUGGAUACAGGAAAGUCCCUCACAGCUUCCUCCUUCUCCCCGACAACAUGCACCUGCAGCUGUGCCGCAACAUGAUGGAGAUUCAGAGUGACAAUGUCUACAAAUCAGAAUACAACAACUAUGUCAAAGGUACAGGCUGGAUACCCAUCGGUUCUUUAGAUGUUGAGAAAGCCAGGAGUGCCAGAGCUGCCUUAGAUGACAGAGGCUACCGCCAGCAUCCAAGCUCCUUGAAGUACACCAGCCAGACUGACGACAUGAACAUGUCUCUGGCUCUGGCCAACACAAAGCAAAUGGACAAAAUUGCAUACAAAGCAUCUGGGGAAAAAUUCAUGCACACCUAUCAUCUGCCAGCCGACAGCCCGGAGUUCCUCCAGGCUAAAUUCAACGCCCAAACCAUCAGCGAGAAUCGAUACAGGCAGCAAUGGCUGGAAGAUAUUGCCAAGGGAUACGACAUGAAGUCUGAUGCUAUUCCUAUUCUCCAUGCCAAGCAGGGCAGACAUAUCGCCAGCAAUGUUCAAUACAAGAAGGAGUAUGAAAAGGAAAGAGGCCACCAUGUGGGCUUCCGCAGCCUGCAGGACGAUCCUCUCCUGGUUCACUACAUGAAUGUGGCAAAAAUACAGAGUGACAAGUUUUACAAGAAGGACUACCACAAAGCAAAGCUGAAGUACCACACCCCAGUGGACAUGAUGAGUUUGAUCCAUGCCAAGCAGGCCUCUGCUGUUCAGACCAUGGCUGGAUACAAGAAGAUCCCUCACAACCACCUGCUCCUACCUGACAACAUGCAGCUGCAGCUGUGCAGAAAUAUGAAUAUAAUCUCCAGUGAUGUUAAUUACAAAUCUGACUGGAACAACUAUGUCAGAGGUAUCGGAUGGGUACCAAUUGGGUCCCUCGCAGUUGAAACUGCUAAAGUGGGCGGUGAAAUUCAAAGCGAGAGGAAGUACCGACAGCAUCCGUCUAACUUCAAAUUUAGCAAACUGAUGGACUCUAUGGAUUUGGCUCUGGCUACUGCGAACAACCAGAUCAUGAACAAGAAAGCGUACACUGCUGCCUGGGAGAAAGACAAGUUGACCAUCCACAUUAUGCCAGAUUCUCCAGAAAUCGUCCUGGCUAAGGCAAAUGCUCUGACUUUGAGCGAGAAACUUUACAAAGCCGGUGUUGUGGAGAUGGCAAAUAAAGGCUACAACCUCAAAGCUGAUGCAAUUCCAAUUGUGGCGGCCAAGUCUGGUACAACCAUUGCCAGUAAUUACAAGUACAUGCUGGCUUAUGAGAAGGCCAGAGGCCACCAUGUUGGCUUCCGCAGCCUCCAGGACGAUCCUCUACUGGUUCACUACAUGAAUGUGGCAAAAAUACAGAGUGAAAAGCUCUACAAGCAAGACUACCACAAAGCAAAGCUGAAGUACCACACCCCAGUGGACAUGAUGAGCCUGGCUCACGCUAAACAUGCCACAAAAGUGCAGACAUUUGCUGGCUACAGGAACAUCCAGCACGCUAAUACUCUCCUCCCAGAUGCUAUGGGCCUGGAGCUUGCACGUAACAUGAAUACCAUUGCUAGUGAUUGGAAUUACAAGGCUGAAUGGAACAACUAUAUUAAAGGUAUAGGAUGGGUCCCAAUCGGUUCACUUUCAGUGGAAACGGCCAAAGUCGGCGGUGAGAUUCUCAGCGAGAGGAAGUAUCGUACCCAUCCGUCUAAAUAUAAGUACAGCAAAUUAAUGGAUUCAAUGGACAUGGCUCUGUCUACUGCCAAUAAUCAGAUCAUGAACAAGAAAGCCUAUACUGAAGCAUGGGAGAAGGACAAACUGAAAGUCCAUGUCAUGCCAGAUGCUCCUGAGAUUGUCCUGGCAAAAGCCAAUGCCCUCAAUAUGAGCAAUAAACUUUACAAAGCCAGUGUAGUGGAGAUGGCUAAUAAAGGCUACAACCUCAAAGCUGAUGCAAUUCCCAUUGUGGCUGCCAAGUCUGGUACUACUAUCGCCAGCAAUUACAAGUACAAGCUGGCUUAUGAGAAGGCCAGAGGCCACCAUGUUGGCUUCCGCAGCCUCCAGGACGAUCCUCUACUGGUUCACUACAUGAAUGUGGCAAAAAUACAGAGUGAAAAGCUCUACAAGCAGGACUACCAUAAAGCAAAGCUGAAGUACCACACCCCUGUGGACAUGAUGAGCGUGGCUCACGCUAAAAAUGCCACAAAAGUGCAGACAUUUGCUGGCUACAGGCAGAUCCAUCAUACUAAUGCCCUCCUGCCAGAUGCUAUGGGCCUGGAGCUUGCUCGUAACAUGCAGUUUAUCGCCAGUGAUAACGAGUACAAGAAGGAGUAUGAGAACUACAUCAAGGGAGUAGGAUGGGUUCCGAUUGGUUCCCUUGAUGUUGAGAAAGCCAAAACUGCUGGGUUGGUUCUCAAUGAAAAACUUUACAGAAAGCAUCCCAGCAACUUCAAAUUUGUAAAAGACAUGCACUCUAUGGACCUGGUUUUGGCCACUGCCAAUAACCAAAUCAUGGACAAGAAAUCCUACACCAAAGCUUGGGAAAAAGACAAGACUUCUAUCCAUAUAAUGCCAGAUGCAAUGGAUGUUGUUCUAGCCAGGGAUAACAAGAAAAACUACAGUGAGAAACUAUACAAACUGGACAAUGAACUAGCCAAGAAGAAGGGCCAUCACCUUCGCUCUGAUGCCAUUGCAAUUCAGGCUGCCAAGGCCUCGACUAUUAUUGCUAGUGACUACAAGUACAAGACUGGAUACAGGAAGCAGGUCGGUCACCACAUUGGAGCCCUCAGCAUCCAAGAUGACCCUCUACUCAUGCUGGCUCUGAACUCAGCCAAGAUCGCCAGUGAUGCUCUUUACAAGAAAGACUUCAAUCAGUCUAAGACAAAGUUCCACCUCCCGGUGGACAUGCUGGCCUUUGAACUGGCCAAGAAGAACCAGAUUCAGGUCAACCACACCAAUUAUAUAACACGCCUGCACAACUGGACAUGUCUGCCAGAUUCAAACGAUGUAGUCCAGGCCAGGCAUGCUUACAGCUUGCAGAGUGACGCUGUGUACAAGGAGGAUUUCAGGAUGUUGCAGGGUGUUGGAUGGGUGCCUAUUGGUUCGCUGGAUGUUGAGAAGGUUAAAAAAGCUGGUGAAAUCCUGAGUGAAAAGAAAUAUCGUCAGCAUCCCAGCAACUAUAAAUUCAAGAGCACAACUGAGGACAUGCCAAUGGUGCUGGCUAAGGCUAAUAACCAGGUUAUUAAUAAGAAAGCCUAUAUUGAAGCCUGGGAAAAGGAUAAGACCAGCAUCCAUGUCAUGCCUGAUGCCAUGGAUAUCCUUCUGGCUAAAGCAAACAAAGUCAUCUACAGCGAGAAAAUGUACAAGCAGGCAAAUGAAGAGGCAAAGAAGAAGGGAUAUGAUCUGCGAAAUGAUGCUAUUUCCAUUAUUGCAGCAAGGGCCUCCAGGGAUAUUGCAAGUGAUUACAAGUACAAGACUGGAUACAGGAAGCAGGUCGGUCACCACAUCGGUGCCCGCAGCAUCCAGGACGACCCUCUGCUGAUGCUGGCUCUGAACUCAGCCAGGAUCGCCAGUGACGCUCUGUACAAGAAGGACUUUAACAAGUCCAAAACCAAGUUCAACCUCCCAGUGGACAUGUUGAAUCUUGAACUAGCCAAGAAAUGCCAGCAGCAAGUCAAUGACUUCAACUAUAGGACUCGCCUGCACCAGUGGACAUGUCUGCCAGACUCAAAUGAUGUUGUUCAGGCCAGGCAUGCAUAUGACCUACAGAGUGAUGCUGUGUACAAGGAGGAUUUGAAGAUGUUGCAGGGCGUUGGAUGGGUGCCUAUAGGUUCUCUGGAUGUGGAAAAGGUUAAAAAAGCUGGUGAAAUCCUGAGUGAAAAGAAAUAUCGUCAGCAUCCGAGCAACUAUAAGUUCAAGAGCACUACCGAGGACAUGCCAAUGGCGCUGGCUAAGGCUAAUAACCAGAUUAUGAACAAGAAAUCCUACAUUGAAGCCUGGGACAAUGAGAAGACAAAGAUCCAUGUGAUGCCAGAUGCCAUGGAUGUUAUUCUUGCUAAAGCAAACAGCUACCAUAACAGCUUGAAAAAUUACAAACAAGCAAAUGAAGAUGCUAAGAAGAAGGGCUAUGACCUGCGAAAUGAUGCCAUAUCAAUCAUCGCAGCAAGAACAUCCAGAGACAUUGCCAGUGAUUACAAGUACAAGACUGGAUACAGGAAGCAGGUUGGUCACCACAUCGGUGCUCGCAGCAUCCAGGACGACCCUCUGCUGAUGCUGGCUCUGAACUCAGCCAGGAUCGCCAGUGACGCUCUGUACAAGAAGGACUUCAACAAGUCCAAGACCAAGUUCAACCUUCCAGUGGACAUGUUGAAUCUUGAACUAGCCAAGAAAUGCCAGCAGCAAGUCAAUGACUUCAACUACAGGACUCACCUGCACCAGUGGACAUGUCUGCCAGACUCUAAUGACGUUGUUCAGGCCAGGCACGCAUAUGACCUACAGAGUGAUGCUGUGUACAAGGAGGAUUUGAAGAUGUUGCAGGGCGUUGGAUGGGUGCCAAUAGGUUCCCUGGAUGUUGAGAAAGUAAAGAAAGCUGGUGAGGUCCUGAGUGAAAGGAAGUACCGACAGCACCCAAGCAACUUUAGAUUCAAGAGCACCACUGAGGAUAUGCCCUUGGCACUAGCUAAAGCAAAUGCUCAGGUUAUGAACAAGAAAGCAUACAUCGAAGCCUGGGAGAACGAGAAGACAAAGAUCCAUGUUAUGCCUGACGCAAUGGAUGUUCUUCUAGCAAAAGCAAACAAUGUCAACUAUAGCAUUAAAAAAUACAAACAGGCGAACGAAGAUGCCAAAAAGAAGGGCUACGACUUGCGCGGCGAUGCCAUUUCCAUCAUUGCAGCCAGAGCAUCCAGAGACAUUGCCAGUGAUUACAAGUACAAGACUGGAUACAGGAAGCAGGUCGGUCACCACAUCGGUGCCCGCAGCAUCCAGGACGACCCUCUGCUGGUGCUGGCUUUGAACUCAGCCAGGAUCGCCAGUGACGCUCUGUACAAGAAGGACUUCAACAAGUCCAAGACCAAGUUCAACCUUCCAGUGGACAUGUUGAAUCUUGAACUAGCCAAGAAAUGCCAGCAGCAAGUCAAUGACUUCAACUACAGGACUCACCUUCACCAGUGGACAUGUCUGCCUGACUCUAACGACGUUGUCCAGGCCAGGCAUGCAUAUGACCUACAGAGUGAUGCCGUCUACAAAGCAGACCUGAAGUGGCUCCAGGGUCUGGGCUGGGUCCCCAUUGGUUCGCUGGAUGUGGAGAAAGUCAAGAAGGCUGGAGAGGUUUUGAGUGAAAGGCAGUAUCGCCAGCACCCCAGCACAGUGAAAUUCACCAGUCCCAUUGAUGCCAUGAACCUUGUUCUGGCUAAGAACAACACAGUGACGAUGAACAAGCGCCUCUACACUGAGGCUUGGGAGAACGAAAAGACCAAACUGCACAUCAAACCCGAUACUCCUGAGAUCAUCCUCUCCCAGCAAAAUGCCAUCAACAUGAGCAAGAAACUAUACAGACAAGGUUUUGAGGAGACCAUCAGCAAGGGCUACUUCCUUCCUCCAGAUGCAAUUUCUGUCAAGGCUGCCAAGGCCUCAAGGGAUAUCAUCAGUGAUUACAAGUAUAAGACAGGAUACAGGAGGCAGGUUGGUCACCACAUCGGUGCUCGCAGCGUCCAGGAUGACCCUCUGCUGGUGCUGGCUCUGAACUCAGCCAGGAUCGCCAGUGAUGCUCUGUACAAGAAGGACUUCAAUAAGUCCAAGACCAAAUUCAACCUCCCAGUUGACAUGCUGAAUCUUGAACUAGCCAAGAAAUGCCAGCAGCAAGUCAAUGACUUCAACUACAGGACUCGCCUGCACCAGUGGACAUGUCUGCCGGACUCUAACGAUGUGGUGCAGGCCAGAAAAGCAUAUGAUCUCCAGAGUGAUGCUGUGUACAAAGCUGACAGAGAUGAAGUCAUUGGAGUCGGAUGGAUACCCAUUGGUUCCCUGGAUGUAGUGAAAGCCAAAAAUGCUGCCAAAAUUCUGAGCGACCGUCUCUACAAGCAGAAACCAGACACAUUUAAAUACAAAUCUGACAUGAUGGCCAUGCCCAUGGUGCUAGCCAAAGCAAAUGCUGAGAUCAUCAAUAAGAAAAACUACAUUGCUGCAUGGGAGGCAGAAAAAAUAAAAAACCAUGUGACCCCAGACCUUCCUGAGCUGCUGCUUUCCAAAGCUAACGCUUACAACAUCAGCAGGAAAAAUUACAGAGAAGCUGUGGAGGAAAUGUUCAGGAAAGGCUACGACAUGAAGCCUGACGCUGUUUCCAUCAUCGCUGCUAAACACGGAAGAGAAAUCAUCAGUGAUUAUAAAUACAAGACAGGGUACCGCAAGCAGGUCGGUCACCACAUCGGAGCGCUGAGCUGUCAGGACGACCCGCUUAUCGUGCUGGCUUUGAACUCAGCCAAGAUUGCAAGUGAUGUUCUGUACAAGAAGGACUUCAACAAGUCCAAGACUAAAUUCCACCUCCCAGUGGACAUGCUGAAUCUGGAGCUAGCCAAGAAAUGCCAACAGCAAGUCAAUGACUUCAACUACAGGACUAAACUACACAACUGGACUUGUCUUCCGGACUCUAAUGACGUGGUUCAGGCCAGAAAGGCUUAUGACCUGCAAAGUGAUGCUGUGUACAAGGCUGACAUGGAAUGGGUUAAGGGAAUGGGCUGGGUACCAAUUGGGUCAUUGGAUGUGGAGAAAGCCAAGAAAGCAGCAGAGAUCCUGAGCGACAGGAAGUACCGCCAGCAUCCCAGCCAAUUCAAGUUCACUGCCAAGACAUCAGAUAUGCCAUAUGCUCUAGCUCAAGCUAAUGCCCAGAUUAUGAACAAGAAAGCAUACAUUGAAGCCUGGGAAAAGGACAAGACUAACCUGCAUAUCUUACCUGAUACUCCAGAGAUCCUCCUAGCACAGCAGAAUAAACUCAACACCAGUCUGAAAUAUUAUCGUGAAGGUUUUGUUGACACCAUCAACAAAGGCUACUAUCUGCCAAAGGAUGCUAUUUCUGUUGUAGCAGCCAAAGCAUCCCGCGACAUUGUCAGUGAUUACAAAUACAAGGCUGGUUUCCGCAAGCAGUGCGGCCACCAUAUCGGUGCUCUGAGCGUCAGCGACGACCCGCUACUGGUGCUGGCCGCUCAUGUUGCCAAGAUCUCCAGUGACAAUGUCUAUAAGAAGGAUUAUAACAAGACCAAGACCAAGUACAACCUGCCGGUAGACAUGCUGACAAUUGAGCUGGCUAAGAAAUGCCAGCAGCAGGUCAACGACACCAACUACCGAACUUACCUGCACCAGUGGACAUGCCUGCCCGACUCAAGCGAUGUGGUUCAGGCCAAGAAAGUCUACGACCUACAGAGCGAUGCUGUUUACAAAGCAGAUCUGGAGUGGCUGAAAGGGUGCGGAUGGUCCCCCCAGGACAGUGUGGAUGUCAUCAAGGUUAAGCAUGCACAGACCGUUCUCAAUGAUAGGCUGUACCGCCAGCACCCAAGCACCGUCAAGUUCACCAGUGUGGUUGACCUUCCAGCCAUCGUCCUGUCCAAGCAAAACGCAGACAACCUCAGUGAUAGGAAAUAUAGGGAGGCUUGGGACAAAGAGAAGCUCGUCACUCACAUCCCCCCUGACAUUCCUCCUUAUGAGCUGGCCAAGGCCAAUGCUAUCACUGUCAGCAAUAAACUGUACACUCAAGCAUGGGACGACCAAAAGGCCAAAGCCUUCCAAAUCAAGGAGGAUGCUAUAGCUGUGCUGAAAGCUAGAGCCUCCAGAGACAUCAUUAGUGAUUACAAGUACAAAGAGGGAUACAGGAAGCAGGUCGGUCACCACAUCGGUGCUCGCUGCGUUCAGGAUGAUCCUCUCAUCAUGCUGGCUCUGAACUCAGCUAGGAUCGCCAGUGACGCUUUGUACAAGAAAGACUUCAACAAAUCCAAGACCAAGUUCCACCUGCCAGUGGACAUGUUGAGUCUUGAACUAGCCAAGAAAUGCCAGGUUCAAGUGAAUGACGUCAACUACAGGACUCACCUACACCAGUGGACGUGUCUGCCAGACUCCAACGACGUGGUUCAGGCCAGGAAAGCCUAUGACCUCCAGAGCGAUGCUGUGUACAAAGCUGAUUUGGAGUGGAUAAGAGGCUGUGGAUGGAUGCCUCAUGAGUCUGUGGACGUUGUCAAGGUGAAACAUGCUCAGAAGAUCCUUGCUGAUAGAGGCUACCGUAUCAAGCUCGAUAGACAGGAGUUCACGGUUCCUGCUGAUAGAGUUGACCUGGCUUGUGCCAAGAAUGCUGCUGAUGUCUUAAAUGAGGCCAAAUACCGUGAGGCUUGGCACCAGGAAAAGACCAAGUACACUUUGGUAGAUACUCCCGGUCUUGCUACAGCCAGAGAGGUCGCCAAAAAUGUUCACCCGAAACUGUACACUGAAGCGUGGGACAAGGUGAAAGCCACCGGAUUCUUCAUGCCUGGAGACGCUGUACCAAUUAAACAGAGCAUGCUUACAACUAAAGUCCAGAGUAAGCAUAAUUACCUAGAGGGAUACCGCAAGCAGGUUGGCCACCACAUCGGUGCUCGCUGCGUCGAGGAUGAUCCUCUCAUCAUGCUGGCUCUGAACUCAGCUAGGAUCGCCAGUGACGCUCUUUACAAGAAGGACUUUAACAAGUCCAAGACCAAGUUCCACCUGCCAGUGGACAUGUUGAAUCUGGAGCUGGCAAAGAAAUGCCAGCAGCAAGUCAAUGACUUCAACUACAGGACUCGUCUGCACCAGUGGACAUGUCUGCCUGACUCCAAUGAUGUGGUUCAGGCCAGAAAGAUUUAUGACCUUCAGAGUGAUAACGUCUACAGGGCUGAUCUGGAAUGGAUCCGUGGCUGCGGUUGGAUGGCAGCUGACUCUGUUGACCACGUCAAAGUCAGGAAGGCGCAGGAAAUACUUAAUGAGCGACUUUAUAAGAAGAACGCCAUAGAAGGCUUUGGAAAAUUCAGCCUGAUUGUGGAUCGUCCUGAGAUUGUCUUGGCCAAGAUUAACGCCGCUAACCUCAGUGAUCUGAAAUAUAAAGAGACUUUCAAUGCAGAGAAAGGUCAUUACAUCGGCUCAGAAGAUACUCCUCAGCUGGCACAUAGUAGAGAUAUGGCCAAGACCAUCAGUGAGAAACUAUACAAAUCACAAUGGGACAGUACUAAAGCUACAAGCUACAGCCUGGACCAGCAAUACAUCCCACUGCUCAUGGGCAAGAAGAGCAGGGAGAUUGCCAGUGAUGUUAAGUACAAGGAUACUCAUGAGAAAGCCAAGGGCCACUACAUGGCGGGAACCCUGGUGGACUUCCCUGAGGUGGUGCGCUGUGGCCAGCAGGAGAAGAAUAAGGGACUGAGGGUCUACCAGAAGGACUACCACCAAACCAAGACCAAGAUCCACCUCCCAUCUGACAUCAUCGCCAACCAGGUAGCUAAGCGGUGUCAGGACAUGUUGAGCGACGUCCUCUACCGCACCCACCUGCACCAGUGGACGUGCCAUCCAGAACAGGAGGAUGCCAUCCGCGCCCGGAAGACCAACGAGAUUCUCAGUGAUGUGUUUUACAAAGAUGACCUGAACUGGAUGAAGGGCAUCGGUUGUUACGUCUGGGACACACCAGAGAUUCUCCGCGCCAAGAAAUCCUACGAUCUGCAGAGCGAUCUCAAAUACAGAGCUGAUGCCAAGAAAGAAUUUUACAACUACUCCAUUGUGACCGACACACCUGAGUAUGUGACCGCCGUCCUGGGUCACACCUGGGCCAGCGAGCUGAACUACAGGGAGGCUUAUCAGAAGGAGAAGCACAUAUACACCACUGUUCUGGAUACCUACGAUUACGCCAGAUGCCACAACUUCAAAUAUUUCUUCAGCAAUAAAAACUACACAGCAGCCUGGGAUAAAAUUAAGGCAAAGAGCUACCAAAUUCCAGCUGAUUCCAACGCCUUACAACACGCCAAACAGCAGAAGGUCGUUCUCAGCAACGUCAAGUACAAGGAGGAUUAUGAAAAAUUCAAAUCCCUUUACAGUCUUCCAAAGUCGCUUGAAGACGACCCUGCGACCGCUCGCUGCGUCAAAGCCGGAAAGCUGGUUCUAGAUCGUCUGUACAAGGAGAACUACGAGAAGACAAAGGCCAAGAACCAUAUCCCCCCUGACAUGCUGGAGAUCAUGUCUGCUCGCAACACCCAGUCCACUGUCAGCGGCAUCCACUACCGCAAAUAUCUACACCAGUGGAUAUGCCUGCCCGACAUGCAGAUGUAUGUUCAGGCACGCAAAGUCAACGAGCAGCUCAGCGAUAUCUUCUAUAAGGAUGACCUGAACUGGCUGAAGGGUAUCGGUUGUUACGCCUGGGACACUCCAGAGAUCCUGCGGGUUAAGAAUGCUGGUAACCUACAGAGUGAGGCCAAGUACAGAGCCAAAGGUAUCGAGGCGUUCAAGGACUACACUGUAGUGACGGACACUCCGGUGUACGAAACAGCCAAGCUGAACGCUCAGAACCUGAGUGAUCUUCAUUACCGUUACGAUUACAACUCCAACGUCAAGGGCACCCACACCUCCCCUGCUGUUACCAUGGAAACAGAAAGAGCCCGCCUGGCCCACCACAUCCAGAGUGAUAAAUGGUACAAAGAGGCGAACAAGAACUUCAUGCCCACUGGUUUCUCCCUGCCUAGUGAUACUCCGCUCCUCAAGCAGGCCAAGAUGAACAGUGUUGUCACCAGCAAUGUAAAAUACAAGGAAGCCUUUGAGAUGGUGAAGGCCAAAUCCUACACUCUUCAUCCAGAAGGCGUCAACUUCGUCACUGCCAGGAAGGCUCACAAGAUCAUCAACGACCGUUUGUAUCGUGAAACCUACCACAAGCAGAAGGACAAGAUCCACACAACCUACGACACGCCUGAGGUCAAACAGGUCAAGAUGAACCAGCAGAACCUGAGUGAUAUUUGCUACAAGGAGAAAUACUACAACAGCAGAGGCCAGUAUAUCUCUAUGCCUAUAACACCCCAACUCAUGCACUGUCACCACGUCAAUGAGAUCACCAGUGAGCUAAGGUAUAAAGAGGAUCUGAUGUGGCUGAGAGGUGUUGGCUGCUUCCUGUAUGACACCCCGGAGAUGGUCCACGUCCGUAACAUCACCAAAUUCAGGACAAGCUAUCCAGACGAUGCUAAAAAGAACCUAUCUAACUUCACUGUGGUCCUGGAUACUCCAGAAUACAACCGCGUGACCGAGUUAAAGACCCACAUGAGUGACAGGAUAUACAGAGCUCAGAGCAGAAAGGAUAUGGUUAAAGUUUCCUCCAUCGCAGACUCUAUGGACAUCAAGCGAGUCAAGUGGGCCCAGCAGCUGACAAACAAGUACCAGUACACAGAUCUGGCCUCUAAGGAGAGAACUCAUUUCACUCCAGAGAAAGACACUCCAGUUAAUCAACAUGCAAGAAAAAUGAAAGUGGUCUUCAGUGAAAUUAAAUACAAGGAACAGUAUGAAAAGAUGAAGCACAGGUACACUGCUAUUGCUGACACGCCCAUGCUGAUCCGUUCCAAGAAAGCCUACCUGCAGUCCAGUGACUUGCGCUACAAGGAAACAUUUGAGCUUUCCAAAGGCCACUAUCACACCAACAAGGAUGCCCUGGACAUCGUCUGCCACCGUAAAUUCACCGAUGACAUCAGCGAGGUCAAAUACAGAGAGAAGUAUAUUAACUCUCUGGGCACAUGGAAGUCCAUCCCUGACCGCCCCGAGUUUUUCUUCAGCAAGAUAGCCAAUGAUAACAUCAGCAAUGUGAAGUAUAAGGAGGACUUGGAGUGGCUGAGAGGUAUCGGCUGCUACGCGUGGGACACUCCUGAGCUGCAGCUGGCUGAUAAGAAUAAGACUCUCUACAGUGAGAGACUCUACAAAGCCUCCUUUGAGAAGAACAGAGGAAACUUCAAAUACACGUGCGACACGCCGUUCUUCGAGGCUAUGAGGAACGCCUCACUUCUUAUCAACGAUAAAAAAUAUAAAUCCCGAGCAAAGGAUCUGCUACAGACUGGCUGCAAUGAGUUACUCCGUCCUGACAUCCUCACAGCCCUUUGCCAGUCUGCUAUGGGCAGCAAGUGGAAGUACAGGGAGCAGUAUGAGCGCGCCAAAGAUAAGUUCACUUCUGUCCUGGACACUCCUGAGUAUGAGGCUCACAAACGCAGCAAGAAGAUUACGGAUAUCAUCUACAGGAUGGAGUACAACAAGACCAAGGCCAAGGGAUACACCUUGCCUUAUGAUACUCCACACCAGCAGCACAUGAAGAAGGUCAAAGAGAUCACCAGCAAUCUGAAAUACAGAGAGGUUUAUGAGAAGAGCAAAGCCCAGAUCAACAUGGACCCAGAGGCUCAUGAGAUCCGUGCUGCCAAAGAGGCGUACAAGAACAUCAGCAAUCUUGAUUACAAGAAGAAAUACGAGGCAACAAAGAACAAGUGGAUCUGGACAGCAGACAGACCAGAUUUUCUCAAUGCUGCCAAAAACUCUCUGCAGCAGAGUGAUGUUGAGUACAAAUAUGACAAAGAGAUGAUGAAGGGCUGUGUGAUCCCUGUCGCCAGUGAUAAGUACACGAUCCUGCAUAAGCAGAACGCUGAAAUGUCCAGUGAUGUGAAGUACAAAGAGAAAUAUGAAAAGACAAAGGGUCACUACAUACCUGUUCUGGAUACGCCUCAGAUUCUUCAUGCCAAAGCUGUGCGGGCUCUAGUGUCAGAGAGCAAAUAUAAGCAGGAAAGUAAGAAGAUCAUGCAAUCUGGCUCAUUCACCAAACUGGCUGAGACUCGUGAUACCGCCCACAGCAAGGAGGUCAAGAAGCUGAUCAGCGAGAAACAAUACAAGCAGAAGUUCGAGAAGGAAAAGGGCAAGUCUGUGUACAACCAAAUGCUUGUGCCACCUGAUGUUCAGCAUGCCAUGGACGUGGCGAAGAAUCAGAGCAAUAUUGCGUACAAAAAGGAUGCCAAAGCCAACCUGCACUACACCACUGUGGCUGACCGUCCUGACAUCCAGAAGGCCACCCAGGCUGCGAAGCUAAUCAGUGACAUCGGCUACCGUGAAAAAGCUCGUGAGGAGGCCAGCCGUGGAGGUUCUCUAAUCAACCGUCCAGACAUUGCUUUGGCAACCCACGUGUCCCAGCUGACCAGUCAGGUGGAGGGCAAGGCCUCCCUCCAUGGAGCAGCUUCCUAUGAUACCCCUAUGAUGCGGCACAUUAAGAAAAUGAGUUCGGUGACUAGUGAUGUGAAGUACAAGGAGAAAUUUGAUAAGGAGAUGAAAGGAAAGAAACCUCAGUUUGACCCGAAGGAGAGCAAGAUUUACAAAACCAUGAAGGAUGCCAACGAUCUGGCGAGUGAGGUGAAGUACAAGGGUGACCUGAAGAAGAUCCACAAACCUGUCACCGACAUGGCCGAGUCUCUGUCCAUGCAGCACAAUCUGAGCGCCAGCAAACUCUCAAGUGACUACCGCUACAAGAGGAAAUUUGAGGAGAGUAAGGGUCACUACCACAUGAUUCCUGACACACCAGAGCAGCUUCAUCUCAAGGAGGCCUCUGAACUUCAGAGCAACGUUAAAUACAGGGAGAAAUAUGAGAAGGAGAAGGGCAAACCCAUGCUGGACUUUGAGACCCCGACUUAUGUGACGGCUAAGGAGGCGCAGCACAUGCAGAGCCAGAAAGACUAUAAGAAGGACUUUGAGGAGUCCAUGAGGGGGAAGAACCUCUCAGGCUUGGAGGUCACUCCUGCCAUGAUUCAUGUCAGACACGCCACCAAAAUAGCCAGUGAGAAAGAGUACAGGAAGGAUCUAGAGGAGGGAGUGAAGGGUAAAGGGCUAACUGUACUGGAGGAAACUCCGGAGCUUUUGAGGGCAAAGAAUGCCACUCAAAUCCUGUGUGAGAGGGAGUAUAAGAAGUCAUUGGAGCAGGAGAUCAAGGGUAAAGGAAUGUUGGCUUUGGCUACAGACACGCCGGACUUUAUGAGAGCCAGGAAUGCAACUGAAAUCCUCAGUCAGACUAAAUACAAACAGACCGCUGAGAUGGACAGAGCCAGCUACACCACCGUCAUCGACACCCCUGACAUCAUCCACGCUCAGCAGAUGAGGAACAUCGUCAGCCAGAAAAAGUACAAAGAGGAAGCUGAGAAGACGAUGUCCCACUAUGUGCCGGUUCUGGAUACCCCGGAGAUGCAGAGAGUCCGUGAGAACCAGAGGAACUUCAGCACUCUCCAAUACCAGAUUGACCUAAAAAACACAAAAGGCAAAGUGUCUACUGUUAAGGACACUCCAGAAAUGCUCCGUGUUAAAGAAAACACAAAGAAUUUCAGCUUGAUUCAUUACAAAGAAGAUUUGGGAGGAGGGACAGCUUUGCCUGAAACCCCUGAGAUGGAGAGAGUAAAGCGUAACCAGCGCAACAUUAGCACGAUACAUUACAAGGAUUCUGUGGGUCAAGGGACCACCAUACCUGAUCUCCCUGAGGUGAAGCGGGUCCGAGAAACCCAGAAGAAUAUCAGUCUGCAUCGUUACAAAGAAGGAGUGGGACAGGGCACCUCAGUGCCAGAGACCCCAGAGAUGGAGCGGGUCAAACGCAAUCAGCAAAACAUUAGCACGAUACAUUACAAGGAUUCUGUGGGUCAAGGGACCACCAUACCUGAUCUCCCUGAGGUGAAGCGGGUCCGAGAAACCCAGAAGAAUAUCAGUCUGCAUCGUUACAAAGAAGGAGUGGGACAGGGCACCUCAGUGCCAGAGACCCCAGAGAUGGAGCGGGUCAAACGCAAUCAGCAAAACAUUAGCACGAUACAUUACAAGGAUUCUGUGGGUCAAGGGACCACCAUACCUGAUCUCCCUGAGGUGAAGCGGGUCCGAGAAACCCAGAAGAAUAUCAGUCUGCAUCGUUACAAAGAAGGAGUGGGACAGGGCACCUCAGUGCCAGAGACCCCAGAGAUGGAGCGGGUCAAACGCAAUCAGCAAAACAUUAGCACGAUAAAAUACAAGGACUCUGUGGGUCAAGGCACAGCUAUACCGGACCUGCCCGAGGUGAAGCGGGUCAAAGAAACCCAGAAGCACAUCAGCUCGGUCUUGUAUAAGGACAGUUCUGCCAAGGGAACUCCUGUGGUCUUUACUCCUGAGAUGGAGCGGGUCAAAAGGAACCAAGAGAACAUUAGCUCGGUGUUGUACUCUGACAGCUUCCGCAGGCAGGUCCAGGGCAAGGCCGCCUUCGUUCUGGACACGCCUGAGAUGAGGCGUGUCAGAGAGACGCAGCGCAUCAUUUCUGGAGUAAAAUACCACGAGGACUUUGAGAAAAGCAAGGGUAGCUUCACUCCCACCAUCUCUGACCCCGUGACCGAACGCGUGAAGAAGAACACGCAGGACUUCAGUGACAUCAGCUACCGCGGCAUCCAGAGGCGCGUGGUGGAGAUGGAGAGGAGACGUGCGAUGGAGCACGACCAGGAGACCAUCACCGAUCUGCGUGUGUGGCGCACCAACCCCGGCUCCGUGUUCGACUAUGACCCCGCCGAGGACAACAUCCAGUCCAGGAGUCUGCACAUGAUGUCAGUGCAAGCGCAGCGUCGCAGCAAGGAGCAUUCCCGCUCCACCAGCGCCCUGAGCGGCCUGGCCGAUGAGAAGUCCGAGCUUUCCCAGGAUGCUGACCCCCAUCUGUCUCUCUACAGUAACGGCUUCACGACCAACUCUAUGGCAGGAUACCAGCAGACCAGGACUGUGGAGCUGCAGCAGAGGUCUUCAUCUGUGGCCACCCAGCAGACCACAGUCUCCUCCAUCCCCUCACACCCAUCUACCACCGGGAAAACCGUGCGUGCCAUGUACGACUACACGGCGGCGGACAGCGACGAGGUGUCAUUCAAAGAUGGCGAUGUCAUUGUCAAUGUGCAGUCCAUCGACGAGGGCUGGAUGUACGGCACCGUGCAGCGCACCGGCAAGACCGGCAUGCUGCCCGCCAACUAUGUGGAAGCCAUUUAAAGAAGGAGCCCGCCCGUCGUCCCUCCAGAGUGGGCGAGACCCCAUCCACAGGGCAAGCUGACUGGUCCCUCUGCCAUCACCACAGUGGCUUUAGUGCAAUCUGUAGCUUUUCACCUUCUUGUUGCUCUUCAACGUUUAUUGGAAAUUGUGUUGCACUUCCUGUUUUAGUCUGUUGUUCUUCACAUGCUGCUGCUGCUGCCGUUCUUCCUGUGGAUGUGACAUAAGCUUCAUGACGUGACAUAAUAACCGGUUUCACCGAAACAUGCCUACUAUAAAAUACAGACUGUUUUAGAUCGUUCCAAGGUUCUGUUGUGGAAAAAGCACGGCUCUCCAACAGACAGCUCCGACUUACUGCUUUGUACAUUUCAACCAUUUGAUAGCGUAAUUUAAUGUACUGUUUAUGUCUGAACUUCAGAGUAUUUUCCUCUAAAAGCUCUGGACUAGAACCAGUAAUGACUAAUGAAGAACUGGAUGAAUAAAUUAAGAGUUAAGUUGCCAUCCAUCUCCUCCAUGAUCAAACCGCUCCUAAAGAGUUGUAUGAAAUAAGCAUCAGUUUUCCCUCCUUUCUAAGGAAGGCUGGCUAACAGCAUUAUUCUGUGUGCUUUGUUUCUUCUGAUGAUCUGGGUCUUGGCUAAGGCUCGUCCUCCACCUUUAAUCUGUAGUUAAUAAAGCACAACAGCUCCUGCAGCA